AACCCUCCAAAAUCUCCCAAUCUCUUCAGCCUUUUUACUGUCAACACAAAAAGAAGAAGCAGAAAGAAAGAAAGAAAGAAGAAGAAGAAGAUAGAAAUCCUUCCAUACUUACAUAUUCCAAAGCUUCCAAAGGGGAAAUGGACAGGCUAAACUCGAAGCUGUACCUGGAGAACUGCUACAUCAUGGCAGAAAAUGAAAGGCUGAGGAAGAAAGCUGAGCUUCUGAACCAAGAAAAUCAAGAACUGUUGAAUGAGCUGAAGCACAGGCUUUCACAGGGCAACAAUGGAGGUGGAAACAGCAGCAAUCCCAGAGGGAAAAACUCCAGUAAUUCUGCAGCUUCUUCCCAUUCCAAAUCCAGCAAGAAGUGAAAGUAAAAAAAAAAAAAAAAACACCAAAUUUCCCCAGAAACCAAUCAACUAGCUGUUUAGAAUCAUCAUCAAUUGGCUUUUCAUUUUCUGAUUCUCAUCUUCUGGGAAAAGUUCUUUAGGAGGUAUAGGAAGCAAUCAAACCAACCAAAACAGAAGGUAGUUUUUAUGGUUAUUAUUGGUCUGGCAGUUUUUUGAUUCAUGUUAGGACAAUAUAUAUAUAUAUAAUAUAUGUAGUUUAUGAUGUUCUGUUCUUGUUCCCUGUUUUUGGAGUCUCUUGCUCUUCAAUUCUGUCAAAAUCUCUCAGCUAGAAAGAAAUAUAUCACUGUAGUAUAUUAUCCUUCAUCUCUCAA